AUGUAUGCAAUUGUUUCAGGUGUUGAGUUUCGUAAUGAAUGUUUUUGCGGUGAUUUUUAUCAAAAAUCAAGCGAAGUAUCAGAUUCGCUCUGCAAACAAUAUCUCUGUCCUGGAAAUAACACUGUUUUUUGUGGUGGUUAUGAAACUAUAGCCAUAUAUUCAACUGGUAUAUUAGGUAAGCCUUUGAAUCCUAUCAAAUAUAUUGAACCAGAUGUUUCAUCCUCUCAUGACAUUCGAAUUCUUUUUCUCCUGCAGUUAAAUGGUCGAAAUAUUCGUCAGUUUUUAGAAAUGAAGAAAUUGGAGUCUAAAAUCAGCGAAGCUGGUUAUGAUAAUGUAUAUGUUAUGGACAAACGCUAUGCUACAAUAUGGGGAGGUGCUAACCUUCUUUCCAUGGUACUGGAAGCAAUUAAUACAACUCUUCUUAUGAAUAAUUGGGCAUCAUGGGAUUUUCUAAUCAAUAUGAGUGAAAGCGAUUUUCCAUUGUUAUCUUUAAUGGAGCUUGAAACUCAUCUUUCCAGGAAUAAGGAUCGGAAUUUUUUAAGUAGUCACGGCUACGAUACGGCCCGUUUCAUUCAAAAACAAGGUUUGGAAUAUUUAUUUCUGCAAUGCGAAGAUCGUAUGUGGAGAAUUGGUAAAAGGUGCCUAGGAAAUUUUCCUCAUCCAAUUCGAAUUGAUGGCGGUUCUGACUGGAUAAUCAUUAAUCGUGAAUUUGCGUCAUUCGCUGUUUCGAACGACCCUCUAGUUCAGCGACUUCGGGAAUUUUAUGUCAAUGUGCUCUUACCAGUUGAAAGUUUUUUUCAUACGGUAUUUUGUUCUUUGAAGUGA